GCUGAAUGAGAUUGAAGAAGAGUUCUUGUUUUGUAGCUCAGUUUUUUUCCUCUUUUUAUACAUUUUUGUAAAAACGGGAAAUAAAAAUCAACUCGCCACGUAGAGGAUACGUUACAAAACGCAAUGGAGACUCCGACGAGGCAAACGGAAUAAAUUCAGACCCUGGGCAGGAUUCGGUUGUGAAAUAUCCAGGGUGAUAGUAAAUAUUUAUUUAAAUAAAUCGUGUGUGAGGAGAACGAGGUUUGACUGCUGCUGGAAGUGUGUACGAGGUUCCAGACUCUCCCCCCCACCCCCUACACUGCCAGUUGGAUGGUGUUCAAGACAGCAGACGUUGUGAAGGCUGAGGGAGGUGUGGGAUUUGGGCAAAAAGGCUUGAUGAUGGAGCUGCAGAGUCUACAGGAGGCUCUCAAAGUGGAGAUACAGAUCCAUCAGAAGCUGGUUGCUCAGAUGAAGCAAGAUCCACAGAAUGCGGAGUUGAAACUGCAGCUGCAUGACCUCCAGGCCAAGAUCACAGCACUGAGUGAGCGGCAGAAAAAGGUGGUGGAGCAAUUGAGGAGAGAUUUGCUGGUGAAGCAGGAGUCAGCGGAGAUCAGGCUCCAGACGCAGACACAGCUCCCCCUACAGACCGAAGGGAAGACUACCACCCUUGUCUCCAGUCAGAGCCAGAGCCUUCCUCCACCUCACCUCAGUGCUCCACAGAAUUCAGUCAGUGUGACCCCAGUCAUCGCCACUAAGACACUACCUCUGGUGCUGAGAGCUGCCACACCCACCACGCCCAUUGCCAUGAUGCCAACACCCACUAUUGCUAUGGUUACCACUCUCACAAACACACCCCUCUCCAGCCUUCCAAACUCAGACCCUCAGAGUUCACCAAUCAGCCUCCAAUCGUGCAGCAAGCCAGUGAAUCAGGGAACAGAACCUGUUCGGAUAGUUCCCAAAAACACUAUUGUUGUUCAGGCCGCCACUCAGCCAAUCAAAGUUCCUCAGUUUGUCCCGCCCACCAGACAGACAGCUCGACCAGCCUCUCUACCGCAGGUAAUGCCCAAGCCUCCUGCCUCUGUAACUCCAACAGCCUUGCAGCCAAUUCUGGCUUCCCCUCAAUCUUUACAGCAGCCUGUGCUCCUGGCUGCCAAACUGAGUUCUGCUCUGCUGCCCUCGUCCGGACCAGUCCACCAGCUGCACAUCUUCAGCCCUCAGCCUAGCGCUACUGUAACCCAGCCCUGCCCCAUCAAUGCACAACCUGGCCCUACUGUCACUCCUGCAAUCACGCAGCCCUGCCCUAGCAAUGCACAGCUUAGCCCUAACACCAUCCAGCCCUGUCCUAGCAUCACUAUGACACUCAACACCAACAUAAGCCAGCUCAACACUAGCAGCACACUGCACAAUAGUACACAUCUGCCUAGCAUCAUCAUCUCCCCAAAACCCACCCAGGUUCAAGCUGCCUCUUCCAUCCAACUCAGCUCUAACUCUACCAGCACAGAUAUACAUCAUGCAGCUCGGAGCAGCAACCCCUGCCCUGAUGCCCUGACACCUGUAGCAGUUGAUGGGACAGAGCCAAAGACAUCGUCUAACAGUCCAACACCUCUCUCAGCCACACUGCAGUCACCUGCCCCUGCUUCCACAUCAUCAUCCACACUCACCCAGACAAACACCCCUGCAGCUUCACAUACCCAUACAUCCAAACGCCAAGAAAACCCACUGAAACUGGCCUACAUGGUUUCUCUGGGCCUUGUAACACAUGACUAUCUGGAGGAGAUUCAGAGCAAACGUCAAGAGAGGAAGAGACGAACAACAGCAAACCCAGUGUACAGUGGGGCAGUUUUUGAGCCAGAGCGUAAGAAAAGUACACUGUCAUAUCUAAAUUCUGCAAACCAGGGCUGCAGGAAGAGAGGUCGCCCACCCAAAUACAGCAUCGCGGUGGAGCGGGGCGACAGCCCCUUGACCCCCACCAGCCGCCACCCAGCGUCUCUGGGUCCUCAGCAACCCAGCAUGGGUGGCCCUCACUCCCCUGCCCUCCCACAAACCCUCUCAUCAUAUCCACCCCCAUCCAGCCCCCGUGUCAGUCCAAGCUCAGAGAGGGAUGGAGACAUCCGUGAUGAUUUCUGUGUGGUGUGUAGGCGCAGUGGGCAGUUACUCAUGUGUGACACCUGCUCACGCGUCUAUCACCUGGACUGCUUGGAGCCGCCCCUCCGCACUGUCCCCAGGGGCAUGUGGAUCUGCCCCUCGUGCCAAAGUCAGAUUUUGAAGAAAGAUGAGGCAAUAGAGUGGCCUGGAACACUCGCUAUAGUCCAUUCCUAUAUUUCCUACAAAGCAGAGAGAGAGCAGGAGAAACAGAAGCUGGAAAAGUGGAGCUCUGAGCUCCAGCAGGAGAGAGAGGAGUUACAACUCCGAGUCAAACAGCUCAGCGACUCCAUAAUGAUCUGCAUGGAGAGCAGAAAUGGUGUUCUGGCCCGACAGAGAGAAAUGGAGGCAUCGAUAGAGAAGGUGAAGGGUCUAGUGCGUCUGAUCAGGGGCAUUCAGUUGCCAAAAGUCCCUCCCACUGGCAUGGCCAAUGGAGACACAGAUCCUGCUUUAACCCAGCAGCCUGACAUUACCCAAACAUCUGAGGAAGAUAAACAUGCAAAUAUAAAGAACAACAUAAAGGAUAGUAUUCCAGCUAUCAUCAUCAGCGCCUCAACAGACCUCAGUGAUACCUCAAAUCUAAAAAGCAGCCUAAACAACAAUGCUGCAAACAUCAACAGCAGUGUUUCAAGCCCUGGAAAUACCGAUCUCCUCCGGUGUGCUCCCAGCACAAAUAUCUCUCCUGUUCUCAGCAAUACCCAAAGCCAGAAUCCCAUUAUUGCCAAGUCAAAUGGGCCUCUGGAGCCAGAAGACAGACAUGAGGAAAGUAUAGACAAAAAUACAGACAACGAUAUAAAUAAAAACAGCAUUGGAGACAUAAACAAAAACAGCAUCAGGGAUCUCAGAGGAACCACAGAACCCCCGCUGCCUGCAGUAAUGCCCAUGGCAGAUGUAAUACAGGGUGUAGAAUAGUACCAUCAUCCUACCUUUGACCCUUUUCCACCCUGUAUGCGCCAUAGACCCCCUCCCGAAUCACCCAGCACCCGCACCUGGAUGUCCAAAGUUGCCAUUCAGCAUUUCCUUUCUUGUGUCGUCAUUUCAUUCUGUAUCCGCAGUGCCAUUUCAGAUGAGCAGGAUUAAAAGUUCUGAAGUACCAGCACCUAAAAAAAGUUUAACACAAAGAUUAAUCAUAUAGAAAAUGAAUAAAUUAAGAGUUAUAAGAGUUUAAGAUAUCACACCAACGCGUGCCUGCUGUCGUUGCCAUUGCGCCUCUUGGUCAGAAAGCUUAGGGAACGACCGAGGCAAGGCCUUUGCCGGCUCUUAGGACGUGAAUAUUGCUUGUGGUCUCUGUCAGGUCCUGUUGCUGUAUAAAAAGGAGUAUUAACACUGUCUAAAUGACAGAAUUUCUCCAAAAGAGGCAUAGGGCUUUUGUUUUUUUCUGGGCUCCAAAGCAGAUUAGAACAACUGAGAGGGAAAGGUGAAGCAUAAUUUAUAAGCAGGUCUUCCAGGUGUUUAAAGAGAUACACACCUAUUAGAUGUAUUUGUCCUAUUUAUGGUCUUAUAGAUUGUGCAGCAAUUCUGUAAAUAUAUUUUUUUUAAUUGCUGUCUUUUUGAGGAAAUAUUCAGUUCUGUUUUGCCAAAUGUUUGCCACAGGGACAUGUAUUUUUACUUUAUGGUGGUUUUAAAUAGCUAUAUGAAUAGUAGAGUUGUAUUUGCGUAGCAUCAGUAUUGAGAACCCUUAAUGUAAAAUCUGACACAGCCUUAACUCGUGAUCAAAUUGAGAUGUGUUUGAGUGUUUAGACAAAGUUACUGAGUGUGAUGUUGGAUCUCAAACACAGUCUAUAUGUUGUGUAUUGUACCCAUAUCACUCACUUGAAACUUAUUUUAAUUAGGCUAUAGGCUAUCUGCCAAUCAAUAGCUUUUAUGAUCCUCAACCAGUGACCCCAAGAAAACUGAACCAAAAGACAAAACUACAUGGUAAUCUGCCCUCUGGUUUAUGCACAUUUGAUUAGAAAUAUUCCAUUUGUUAAGUGAUGCUUAUGUAGCAUUUUAAAGGGCUUUGUCUUUUGUAUUGUUUUAUUAGCUGAAGUGUUAGCCUUCCAAAUGGCAGCACUGUUAAGAUCACUUGGAGAAAAAAAGCACAGGACUGUAAGCUUUAGUCACGAAUCCAACAGCACCAGUGUAAGAAAUAUAGGGACAGACUCUAACCCGAAACCCCUCCAUUUUUCUGUUAUCAUAUCAUGUUGAAGAUGAACGAUCAAAGCCUUGCUGCAUUUGUACCAUGUCUCAGAGUGUACAUUUGGUCAUAUAUGACUACAGACCAGGGUGUUGUUAUAAAUAAUAAUAAAAUAGGUGGGUACAAAAUAUCAAAGGCUGAUAUAUUAUUGACCAGUAAACAGGAAGAUAUAACUAUAAUUAGUAAUCUGGUAAUGGAAUUUCAGUCAAUAAUUACAACUGAUAACUUUCUCUCACACACUGACAAACGUAUAGUCACUAGUUGUGGACAUUUCCACUGUCCUGGAACUAGAGGUGGGUAAUCCGGGUCCAAACGGUGAAAACCCUCCCCAGCAUUUUGAUCCAACUGCCUGAACACCUUUGCUGCUGGUUUGAGCAAGUUUGAAGGGUCAAGCAGUUGGAACAAAAUCCUAGGGUGAGUUUUUAUUUUUUGGACCUGGAUUACCCACCUCUACCUGAAACACACACAGGUUGCAUAUUGGAUAAUAGCACAGCUCCACACAUGGAAGACUGAAGGUUUAGUCCCCCGUCUAGGCAGGAUUGUCACUGCUGUAACAGUUAGAACCCCUGGGCACGACUUAUAACAUUACAUUCAUGUGCGUUUGUGUGUUCUAAAAGUCUUUUUAAGUAGUCAUGGUUAUGUAAAACUUGGAGCUGACACAAACAGCAUAUUAUGUGGGAAAAGUCCUUCCUAAUGUCUCACAUAUUUUUACAUGUUGUGUCUAUUUUUUCAUGUGACUGAACCAGCCCUAGUAUAAUUAUUCAGUGACCUAUAUUUAUGCUGCAUUUAAAAGUAUUGGCAGUAAAUGGGUAAUGGCAAACUGGAUUUUCCAUUGUUUCCAGAGGUGCUGUUGAAUGUUCUACCAAGACCUCAGUUUUCCCAAAUUUUGCCAUUGAUUGUGGGGUGAAAUAAACUGGAUGUUCAUUAUUUGGGCAGCCACAGAUGCCAGAUGUUGCAAUGCAGACAAACCCAGUAUUAUACAACAAAAAUAAAGUACUACAUCUUUCUGACAUUUUCCUACUUAAAUAAACAGUCUACACUGCUAAAACUCUCCUCGCCAGUAAUGCUAUCACCAUGCCAGUGUUUGGUCACAAAUGAGGUAUAAGCAACACAGCAUUUCAAGAGUUUCAACCUGACACUCACUACUUCAUAUAUGUGUAUUAUAGUGGGAACUUAAAAUGCAAAAAAAUAAAAUAAUUUUUUGGUUUAUGUAUAGGCCACAGCAAGGUGUUAACGGUGGUUGUUGUUAUUGGCCAAGAAAUUCCAUAUCAAUGCAUAAUUAAUACAAAGAAAGAAACUUAUGGGUUUGUGUUCAAAUAUAAAUCAUUAUGUUAAUAAAAGAAGCACAACAGAUCAUGCGGAGAUGCAAAUGUCAAAUAGAAUUGUGAUGCAGGUCUGUAGAUAUAGAUGGUUCUGUUGAAGUGUCAGCUUUAUGUGUGUGUCUGUGUGUAGCACUUCUCAGGCAGACACUGCCCUAUCCUGCAGUAGUCUUUCUGAAGCAGUUGCCUUAAGAUAUUGUGUGUGAUCUCCCUGCACUGAGGGGUAUCUGUGUAAUCUGGCAACAUAACGUGUGCACACAGUGUUUCUCUGCAGGAAACAUGACCUCUUUUUCUGUUGUACAAUCAUCAGAUUUGUCAAUUAUGUAUGUUACACUUGUGGUUUAGUGCACAGUGCCUCAUUCAUCUAGGGUAUUUAAGUUUUGUUUACAAGACCUGUAAUUUAAAUUGCUAAUAUGUUGUUGCACUUUGGGUUCAGACAAUUUCUCAGUUCUUUUUUAUGUUGUAGUGCAUCAGUCGUCAUCUCAUGCUUCAUGUGGAUUGAUUUGAAAUCAAUCACUUUUAAAGCAGCCCAGCUACGUUUUUGUCUAGCUACACAAUAGUAUAGAGGAGCCAUGAGCCAAUUCUUCUUGCUGGAGAUGGAACAAGCUUCCCUUUUCUAGAUGAAUAUACUAGCAUUUACUUCUAAUAAUGUUUAAAAUGCAAGUACACGCUUUUGGGGAACUAAUAAGACAUAAGCUGGUGGGCAGCUUUAAGCCCUAUAAAACUGAAGAUAGUAGG